GACCGGCUGAAGGCCGUGCUCACCCGGUCGUUCAUGUUCUCGGCUCUGGAGCCCAACGACCUGAACAUCGUCGUGGGGGCGAUGAAGGAGGUCCCCGUGUCGGUGGACGAGAGCGUCUUCGACCAGGGCGACGCGGGCGACUUCCUCUUCGUGAUCGAGUCGGGCAAGUUCGACUGCGUCAAGGACGACGUUGUGGUCAAGACCUGCGAGGCCGGGGACGUGUUCGGGGAGCUGGCGCUGCUGUACAACUGCCCGCGCGCGGCCACGGUCAGGAGCAAGGAGACGCUCGCGACCGACCCAGUCGGCCAGUUCAACGGGAACACCUUGCACGCGACAGUGGAGCGGGAGCCUCCCGUCCAGCAGCGUUUUGCGGCAGCGGGGGAGGUGAGGGCACUCUUCCAGAAAAAAAGCCAAAAUUUCCCGCGCGUCGGCUACUGGGACCGCGCUGGCAUGAACAUGGCCUCCGGGCUUCAAGUCGAGGGCAUUCUCGCGGAGCUUGCCUCCUCCUGGGAGUGA